AUGGUUAGUGAGAGUGGCACUAAACUUGUUAGUGAGAGUGGUACUGGACUUGUUAGUGAGAGUGGCACUAAACUUGUUAGUGAGAGUGGUACUGAACUAGUAAUUGAGAGUGGUACUGAACUAGUAAUUGAGAGUGGUACUGGACUGGUUAGUGAGAGUGGUACUAGACCUGUUAGUGAGGGUGGUACUGAUCUUGUUAGUGAGAGUGGUACUGGAUUUGUUAGUGAGAGGGGCACUAAACUUGUUAGUGAGAGUGGUACUGAACUAGUAAUUGAGAGUGGUACUGGACUUGUUAGUGACAGUGGCACUGGACUGGUUAGUAAGGGUGGUACUGGACUUGUUUGUGAGAGUGGUACUGAACUUGUUAGUGACACUGGUACUGGACUUGUUAGUGAGAGUGACACUGAACUUGUAAGUGAGAGUGGUACUGAACUUGUUAGUGAGAGUGGCACUGAACUUAGUGGUACAGAACUUGUUAGUGACAGUGGCACUGGACUUGUUAGUGAGAGUGGUACUGGACUUGUUAGUGAGAGUGGAACUGGACUUGUACGUGAGAGUGGCACUGAAAUUGUUAGUGAAGGUGGCACUGGACUUGUUUGUGUGAGUGGUACUGGACUUGUUAGUGAGAGUGGUACUGUACUUGUUAGUGAGAGUGGUCUGAACUAUGGGAGUGGUACUGAACUUGUUAGUGAGAGUGGUACUGGACUUGUUAGUGAGAGUGUCACUGGACGUGCUAGUGACAGUGGUACUGGACUUGUAAGUGAGAGUGGUACUGGACUUGUUAGUGGGAGUUGUACUGAACUUGUUAUUGGGAGUGGUACUGAACUUGUUAGUGAGAGUGGUACUGGACUUUUUAGUGAGAGUGGCACUGUACUUGUUAGUGAGAGUGGUACAGAACUUGUUAUGAGAGUGGCAAAUGGACUUGUUAUUGAGAGUGGCACUGUACUUGUUAGUGAGAGUGGUACUGGACUUGUUAGUGAGAGUGGCGUUGUACUUGUUAGUGAGAGUUACACUGGACUUGUUAGUGAGAGUGGUACAGAACUUGUUAGUGAGAAUGGUACUGAAUUUGUUAGUGAGAGUGGAACUGGACUCGUAAGUGACAGUGUGAUUUGCAGAGGAGGUUGUAGUGAGAUUUGA